ACAGGUACCAUCCUAUUAUCUGAUCGUCGAUAUCGCGCGGCAAGUUUCAUUUUUAUAAUGCUGAAGACAGUCAUUCUUUCUUGUCGUCUAACCAGAUAUUUAGUAUGUUUUGUGAAAAGGUCUUAGAAUUGAUUCAAGAAUUACAGAGGUCAAGAGAUGGAACAAUGCUACCUUUCAACGAAGAUAAAGUGAGGCAAGUCUUGGAAGAAAUGAAAGCUUUGUAUGACCAGAACCAGGCCGAUGUUGUGAGGACCAGGGAAGAAGGCCAGAGUGGUCUGUUCUCUGGAGUGCAGUUACGUCACACUUGUCUGGAAAGAAACCAGCGAUGUCUCUUGGCAUAUCUACAUAACCGGCUUGCCAUCAUUCGAAACAUGAGAUGGGAGUUUGGUAGUGUGCUCCCAACAGACGUCAAGCAGAACUUGUCAGAGCAGGAGUUCCAGUGGUUUACAAAAUACAACAAAUCCAUGGCAACCUACAUGAGGUCGUUAGGCUCUGACGGUUUGGAUCUGACUCAGGAUCGGAAACCACCAAAAAGUUUAUACAUUGAGGUUCGUUGUUUGGUUGACCACGGUGAGUUUGAAACUGAAGAUGGAACAAUAAUCGUUCUCAAGAAAAACAGCCAGCAUUUUCUUCAGAGGUCACAGUGCGAGCAUCUGAUAUGGCAAGGAGUUCUGGAGCACAUCCUGUCCUGAUCCAAACAAUAGAGGGCGCACUUCACCAGCUAUGUGGCAGUUGAGAGGUUUCAAAACUGUCUCUCAAAAUUUCUUCACAGCUACCAUUGGACGCACCCCUGAUCUACAACCAAAAAGCCACUUGCAAGUUAAAUUUGAAUAAAAUCUAGUAUACUGAGUUCUUUAUAUUCACGUGAACAUAACAACUUGAAUUCUCCAUACUAAAACCACUGUUGCUAUACCUCGUGAUUCGGGGCAGGCUUUUGCUUAGUGACAUAAGAGAGGCCUUGCAACAAUACAGUGUUCUCAAUGGAUAAGAACGGCACAAAGGAACCGGUCCAUUCCAGAGA